AUGGGGGGAUUCUUGGAAAUGCCCCACCAUCAAGAGGACCAGAGCAUGCAUAAUCUGUGGGAAACGCAGUUCCAGGAGUUCCUGAAGGACACCGUUUUCGAGAAGCAGCCGCUGGAUGAUCUGACCCCUUCGGAGGAUCCUCGGGCCUUCCUGGCCUCCUUCGAGAAAGUCGCUGUGGCUUGCCGCUGGCCGAGAAAAGAGUGGGUGACGCGGCUGCUGCCGGCUCUCAGCGAGGAGGCCGAGAAGGCUUUCAUCGCUCUGUCUGCCAAGGAUCGGGAAGAUUACGGGAAGGUGAAGUCAGCCAUCCUGCGCCAGGAGGCCGCCAUCAGGGAGAAGCAACGUCAAGAGUUCCGCCGGUUCUGCUUUCAAGAAGCCGAGGGCCCGCGGCAAGUCUUCAGCCGGCUCCGGGAGCUCUUCUGCCAGUGGCUGCGGGCCGAGAGGAGCAGCAAAGAGCAGAUUUUGGAGCUCCUGCUUCUGGAACAGUUCCUGAACAUCCUGCCACGGGAAAUGCAAAACUGGGUUAAGGAACGUACUCCGGACACGUGCCUGGAAGCUGUUGGUUUGGCCGAGGAGUUUCUGAGUCGGCUCCAAGUAGCCGAAAAGAUGGGAGAGCAGGAGACAGAAGAAAUAAAGGCUCAAUCGGAGAUGGUAUCAGUGGAGAGACCAACCAACACAGAUAAUCAGCAGGAGCAGCAGCAAAUCCUGCCACUACCACCACAACUUUAUCCUGGUUCCAAGGAGAUCAAUGUGAGCAAGAAGAGAAAACUCCAGUCGGGAGAUUUUGGAGACGUGAACAUCGGAGCGGUAUUUCCUGGAAGAGCCAAUUCUUGCCGUCGGAAGCAAGGAAGAGACAUCGACGUCCAGCCGCGCCGUCACUCCGAAAGGCUGCAGAAGAGCAACCUGCCUAUCCAGGGGGGAAUUCUCUCUUCAACUCCCCGCAAGGUGAAACCUAAGCCGAAAGAGCGGAUGCCUCCUGCUUCGCAGAUCCCCAAGGACCACAUCCAGCACUGCGAGGAAUGUGGCAAAGAUUUCAGCGGAAUGGCGAGUUUCUUCCGGCACCGUACGCGCCACACAGGGGAGAAACGCUACGAGUGCUGUUUUUGCGGGAGAGGCUUCUUCUGGAGGUCAGACCUGGUCCGUCACGAAUGCCAACACACCGGGAAGAAGCCGCACGAGUGCUCCUACUGCGGGGAAGGCUUCGAUCGCAAGUGGCUGUGUGUCCAGCAUCAACAGAUCCACCUGCGAAACAAGGUGAAUCUCUCACCAAUGGAAACAACAACCAGGAAAACAAAAUGCUUUGCAGCUUUGGAUUCAAACAGGAAGCAGCAAUAG